AUGAUCCCUACCACAGGUACUGGUGCUUGGGAGAGUGCACUUACAAAUACAUUAUCUCCUGGAGACCGGAUUGUAUCUUUCCUGAUUGGCCAAUUCAGUUUGCUAUGGAUUGAUCAGCAGCAGCGCCUUAAUUUCAAGGUGGAUGUUGUAGAAAGUGAAUGGGGCCAAGGUGCCAACCUUGACAUUCUGGCAUCAAAACUUGCAGAAGAUACUGCGCACACUAUAAAAGCAAUAUGCAUUGUUCACAAUGAAACCGCCACUGGAGUUACUAAUAACUUAGCUCAAGUGAGAAGAAUACUUGAUGAGUACAGGCAUCCAGCUCUCUUUCUUGUUGAUGGAGUGUCUUCCAUAUGUGCUCUUGACUUCCGUAUGGAUGAAUGGGGAGUAGAUGUAGCUUUAACUGGUUCUCAGAAAGCUCUUUCUCUCCCCACUGGCAUUGGGAUUGUGUGUGCAAGCCCAAAAGCUCUAGAGGCAUCUAGAACUGCAAAGUCAGUAAGAGUAUUCUUCGACUGGAAUGAUUACUUGAAGUUCUAUAAGUUGGGAACAUACUGGCCAUAUACCCCUUCCAUCCAGUUGCUAUAUGGACUGCGCACAGCACUUGAUCUUAUUUUUGAGGAAGGACUUGACAACGUGAUUGCAAGACACAGCCGUUUGGGAAAAGCAACAAGGGAUUGCUAUUCGUGUCCCAAUUUCGCUUGCUGUGGAGGCAUGGGGCUUGAAGAACUGCACCCAAAUACAGAAAUUGUGAGAAGGGCAUGGAAAAGAUACAAUUUGAGCUUAGGCCUAGGCCUAAACAAAAUAGCUGGCAAGGUUUUCAGAAUAGGGCAUCUUGGCCAUCUGAAUGAGUUGCAAUUGUUGGGUUGUCUUGCUGGUGUCGAGAUGGUACUUAGGGACGUGGGCUACCCUGUUAAGCUAGGAAGCGGAGUUGCAGCUGCUAGUGCAUACUUUCAGAACAACACCCCUCUGAUCCCUUCCAGGAUUUGA